AUGAGGCGCAAAAUAUAUCGAUUGGAUAACAUUCUUAUUGCACAAGCUCUAUUGCUUAUUGCAACUGUUCGAACUAGUCAGAAAAAGCACGAUGAAUGUUUAGAACUUUCACAGCAAGUAUUGGUCAAGUUGAAACGACUGGUCCCGUCGAAUACUAUAGACAUUGCCAUUGGAUUAAGUGUUGUUGGUAAUGCAUAUCUCAAUGGAACAGCGAACUACGAUAAAGCAUAUGAGUGUUAUCAGGAUGCGUUGAAGAUCUUAGAAGAAUUUUACCCUUCACAGACUUCUGACAUCAGUAAUAUUCUUCAGUCUAUAGGAAUCACGCUUAUAAGAAAAGGAGAAUAUGACAAUGCUCAUGAUACGUUGAAUCGAUCUUUAAAAUUACUUGAGGAUCGUUAUUCAUCUGACGGUGUUGAAUUAGUUUCGGCUCUUACAAAAAUCGGCCACGUUUUAUUCAAUCAAGACCGACUUGAUGAGGCUCUUUCUGUCUACCAACGUGUUUUAACAAUUCAACUAAAAGCGUACUCAUCUGAUCAUAUUCUGGUUUCAAAUACUUAUAUUAAUAUAGGGAAUUUAUUAAAAAAGAAGAAAAAUUACGACGAAGCGCUAGAAUUGCUUCAAAAAGCAUUAACAAUCCAAGAAAGACACCUUCCACCGGACCAUUCUAGAAUCAUCUAUACUAUCAAGAUAUGUAUCGAUAUUUUCAAUAACCAGAACCGGUACGAUGAAGCAUUUGAAUAUCAACAUCGAUUGUUGAUCAUUCGACAGACCUAUCGGCCAUCGGCUAAUGAAGAAAUUAUGUUUACUUAUAAUCAGAUGGGCGAUAUACGAUUUAAACAAGGAAAAUAUGAUGAAUCAAUGAGUUUAUAUGAUAAGUCGUUACAAAUCUAUGAAGAAUUUCGCCCAACAAAGUAUUCCAGCACGUUGAAUUGCUUAAUGAAAAACGGCAAUCUUUUGAUCGAUCAAAAUAAUUAUCAAGAUGCUGUUAAGUAUUGCUGUCGAUCUGUAGAAAUUGCACGAAAAUAUUAUUCAGAUACAUAUGAAUCUCUUCCAUUGGGUAUUAUGAACGUUGGUUUGUGUUAUAGGUCUCAACGUCAAUUCAGUGAAGCAAUAGAAGCGUAUUCUGAAGCAUUAGAUUUACUAAAAAACUAUCAACCCAAUAAUUAUGAGGAUAUUCUCCGGUGCUUAUAUGAUCUUGGUCUCACCUUGUAUCGCAGUGGACCUAAGAAUUAUCGAAGAGCAAUCGAAGUUUUACAAGAAUACCUGAUAAUUACACAAUCGAGUUGUUCUUCAGACUAUUCAUCUCUACUUGAUGUUCUUUCCGAUCUAAGAAAAAUCCACCAGCUUCGACGUGAAUAUACGUUAGCUCUUCAAUAUGGCAUUCUGUGUUAUUCAAUACAAGAGAAGAUCCGUUCACCCACUCAUAUAGAAAUUGGCAAAAGUUUAGCAAAUAUUGGUUUGUGUUAUGAAGAGCUAUUUCAAUUUAGAAUGGCAUUAGAAUAUUAUCAGCGAGCAUUAAAUGUCUAUGAGGAUGAAGAAUGUUCGUCUGUUUCACCAACAGAUAUUUUCGACAUAGAACUAAAAAUUGACCGGAUUUUAACGAUACUUGCCCAAAUCGAGUUACAAAUUCAGCAAGCCGUAUUAAGACAACUAAAGAAAUACGGUGGAAAAAAACGACGUUUGGCACAGUUGUUGGAUGAAGAGCAACAACGAGAAUUAGAACAGGAAUUAGAAGAAGAACGACAGUUGCAACGUCCUCCUGCCGUUCAACCAUGUCAACCGAUUUUACACGAUGAAAUAAAGAAGUUAUGCGAAGUUAAUGAAAACGUAGAUAUCGUAAGUUCGCGUGACGUGUUUCAACAUUUGAAUUAUGCUUUCACUAAUACAACACUCUUCAAAAUUUGUCAAGCAAACAGCUGGCUGCCAAACCUGUGGGUUUCGACUGAAUUUCAACGUGUCAUUGCAACAAAAGGAGAAUCAUUGACUCCGUUUCUACGGCCUCCACGGUGGAUUGUCGUCUAUCGAAAUCAGCAACUUAUUUUUCUAAGUCCAUUCGAAGCCAAUUGGUUGAUGGGUCGGUUACCAUCCAACGAAUCACCCAUAACCACACUCCGUUUAUUAUUACCUCGGACAAAACGCAUUCAGUCGAUUUUUGUUAACACUCCUACUUUGACUGUUCCUCCGUUAAUUCGAUUUGCCAAUGACAAUAACGCGAAUUUCCUUCUGCCCAACGAUUGGCUGGUUCAAUUGUUCAUUUUCAACGGUACUCUUUACUUUGAAACUGUUGAGGAACAAACAGCCUUUUGUCAAUGUUUAAGUCUAUGUCCUAAUCCUCGAACAGAAGCCGAGAAGGACGCGUUUGAGAAAGAAUGGAUUGCUGCUGAUGGUUUUGUUGCAAAUCCAGAGCAUCGUUUGUCAUUACAACUUCAUCAGUCUCGAUUUCAUUCAAAUCCACUAGGAUUCAUCAAACAACUGAUCGAAAAUCGAAAUAAUUCAUAUGCAUCGAUCAGGUCGCAUGUUGGCAGUAUUAUUCUGAACUCAACUAAACUCAUUUAA